CGCCUCUUCCGGUGUUGCCACCUUCUUUGUCUACGGCCCAAGAUUUCGACACCGGGGGGUGUCUAUUUUUUUCUCUCUAGUUUUGAGGAUAUAUUUCCCGAUAUAUCCCAAUUUUCUGACAUUUAAUGACAGUCGACUCUGACCUAUUUAUGCCUAAAAGUAAAGCACCAAAAAUGGAUGACCUGGACUACAUCCCUGUAGACCUGAGCCCAGAGGAGCGCUCCGAGCUGGAGGACAUCCGCAGGAGGAAAGGAGUCCUACUGCAGGAGAUCCAGAGGCUCAGGGAGGAGUUACGAGAGGCUAUUUUAGAGGUGGAGGGACUGGAGACCAGCACAGAGGGCAGUAAAACCCUACAGAAAAGUAGACAUGUGGCUAUGGGACGGAAGAAAUUCAACAUGGACCCCAAAAAGGGGAUCCUGUUCCUGGUGGAGAACGAGCUGCUCAGACACACGGCGGAGGACAUCGCGCAGUUCUUGUACAAGGGAGAAGGCCUUAACAAGACCGCCAUAGGAGAUUACCUGGGAGAAAGAGACGACUUCAACAUCAAAGUGCUUCAAGCUUUCGUUGACCUCCACGAGUUCACCGACCUUAACCUGGUGCAGGCCCUCAGACAGUUCCUGUGGAGUUUCCGUUUGCCGGGCGAAGCGCAGAAGAUUGACAGAAUGAUGGAGGCUUUUGCUCAGAGAUACUGCCACUGCAACCCCGGUGUCUUCCAAAGCACAGACACGUGUUACGUGCUUUCCUUCGCCAUAAUUAUGCUGAACACGAGCCUGCAUAACCCGAACGUGCGGGACAAACCCGGACUGGACCGCUUCAUCUCGAUGAACCGCGGGAUCAACGACGGGGGAGACCUGCCGGAGGAGCUGCUCAGAAACCUCUAUGAAAGUAUUAAAAACGAACCGUUCAAGAUCCCGGAGGACGACGGCAACGACCUGACGCACACGUUCUUCAACCCGGACAGAGAGGGCUGGCUGCUUAAACUCGGAGGAAGAGUGAAAACUUGGAAGCGCCGGUGGUUCAUCCUCACAGACAACUGUCUUUAUUACUUUGAAUACACCACAGAUAAGGAGCCACGAGGUAUUAUACCUUUGGAAAAUCUUAGCAUCCGCGAAGUAGAGGACCCAAGGAAGCCUAACUGCUUCGAGCUGUACAUCCCCAACAACCGCGGGCAGCUCAUUAAGGCGUGUAAGACGGAGGCCGACGGGAGGGUGGUGGAAGGAAACCACAUGGUGUACCGCAUCUCCGCUCCCACACCGGAGGAGAAGGACGAGUGGAUCCACAGCAUCAAAUCUGCGGUCAGUGUGGAUCCCUUCUACGAAAUGCUCGCCGCCAGGAAGAAGCGUAUAUCGCUGAAGAAGAAAGAGGAGCAGCCCUAGGUUUACUCCUGUGCUCCUCUUUCUCUCCCCUCAUCCCUGCUGCUCGCACCUCUCUUUAACCCUCCUUCCUCCCGAGAAAAAAAAAAAAAAAAAAAAAAACGCCUCCUCUUCCACUUUCCUAGGGACUCCUUACCGUCAUGUCCGCCAGACUCUUUGGAAAAGCUGCAAACCAGAGUGAAGAGCUUACCUGCUGAGGCUGCCGUUCACACUGCUGCUGUUACACCCAACAUGACACAAUUACACCCCAGAGCACAAGGAAAGUCUUUGCUGUCCUCUCACCGACACUCUUAAACGGGCUGGAAAGCAUCUUGAAAAGGCUGUAUUCACACCAGACACGAUUGUUUUUUUGUUUUUUUGCACACUGGCCAGGCUCUUUAUCAAAUGUAUCCACAUCCAAUCAAUUGAACGGGUUUUAUUUUUGUUUUCCUCCAUUAAUUUUGUUCAGUUCACUUUGAAAAUACUUUCAGGUGAGAUGGUGGGGGUGGGUGGUUCUAUGAGACUUUUCCACUCUGGUGUGAAUACAGCUUUAUUCAGGCUUGCAAGCGGCUGCAGCUUCGUGAAGUCUUCUUUUCUUAUCAUCGAUGGCGCCUUAAUGAGAUACUCCCUUUCUUGAUUGUGCAUAGCCAAGACAAAAUGUGAAGUACUAAUAGGGUUUUAUUCUUAUAGAGCUGUGAAAUUGCAUACUAAUUUAAUACUCCAAGUGACGUUAAAAAAAAAUCUCAUUCAUGCUUAAUAAGUCAAUUAUUACCAGGUAAAAUGUCCAUUAAUGUAUAUUUACACUGGAUUUCAUAGUGGAAACACUGAACUUUAGCAUGUUUCUCGACAUGUUUGAGCAAUAGCGGAGUAGAGUGUUGUUGUCUGGAGGCUUGUUAAAUCUUUAUCUAUACAGAGCAGUUCUCAUCGUGUCUUUUCAGAAUGACCAUAACAGCAUGCCACGCCCGUUUUCUUCCCCCUUUUUUUUUCUGCUCAACACUACAAGACGAAAAUCCACAUCUGUUUAAUUAACUGUCCACCAAGAUGGGUUUUGUGAAGUCACAAAGGCAGCUUUUUUCAAUGUAAACUUUUUGUAAAUAGACGUUAGCCUAUUUGUUUACGAAACACACAGAUUUGAUUUAAUUUAUUCUUUAUCUUUUGUUGAAAUCAGAUGUUUUUUUUUUUUUUUGUACGAGCUACUGUUUUACUGCAUGUUGAUGGACGGAGGGAGGAGUCGUAGGUACUGAUGCAUGGCUGACCAUGCGAGUGCACUGAUUUGGAAAAUGUUAGUGUUUCCUGGUGACAUGGAGACAGCGCAUUUAUUACUGAAGUUGGUUUUUGCAUCAAGUGAGUGAUCCUGCUUGUUACAUUUUUAGAAAUUAUGAGAUUAUGUUUUUGACAUUUUUGUUUGUUUUUGUUGUGGGAAUCAAACUCUGUAAAG